UGUUUCUAAAAUUCUCUCAUCCGCUAAUUAAUUAAUUAAUUAAUCUUCAUUCUCUGUAACUUAAUACCAAAUUAAUUCAAUUUAAUCAAUUUUCCCCAUUUCCAUUGCCAGCCUAUCUCACACAUUCUCUCUCUUCCUUUCCCUCGAUCUUCAUCUUUUCUAUUCCAUCUCCAUCAUUUUCGUCAAUUCGAGUUCUUCAUUUUUCUCUUCAAUUUCCGUCUGUGUUCUUCGAUUCUCUAUUUUUCACCAUUUUUUCCGCUUUCAUUACACCCACUUUACUCCCACUCUCACUAGGGUUCCUUCGGAUUUUCCCCCAUUCUUCCUUUUUACUUGGAUUACAUGCUAUAUAUCUAAUUCUAUAGAUGCAAUAAACUGUCCAGAUCGUCGCAGCUUACACUUCCGGCGAAAUGGCCAGCGGCUUGCAGAUGAGUCCUCAGUUAGAGCAGAUCCAUGGUGAAAUUCGUGACAAUUUUCGGGCUCUUUCAAAUGGGUUUCAAAGACUGGAUAAGAUCAAGGAUUCCAAUAGACAAAGUAAGCAGUUGGAGGAGCUCACAGGAAAGAUGAGGGAAUGUAAAAGAUUAAUAAAAGAUUUUGAUCGUGAAAUCAAGGAGGACGAGAGUAAAAAUCCACCGGAAGUGAAUAAGCAGCUCAAUGAUGAGAAGCAAUCAAUGAUCAAAGAGCUGAAUUCAUUUGUUGCAUUGAGGAAAACGUACAUGAAUAGUCUUGGUAAUAAAAGGGUUGAGCUAUUUGAUGAGGGAGGUGUAAGUGAACCUACAGCUGAUGAUAAUAUUCAGAUGGCGUCGUCAAUGACGAAUCAAGAACUUAUUGAUGCUGGGAAGAAGACAAUGGAUGAGACCGAUCAGGCUAUUCAACGCACGCAAAAGGUGGUUGAACAAACUAUUGAAGUGGGAACUCAAACUGCUGUUACAUUAAAAGGCCAAACUGAGCAAAUGGGCCGUAUAGUAAAUGAGCUUGACACAAUUAAUUUUUCAAUUAAGAAGGCUUCCCAACUUGUGAAAGAAAUUGGCAGACAGGUUGCUACAGAUAAAUGCAUCAUGCUGUUUCUGUUCCUAAUUGUCUGUGGAGUGAUAGCCAUUAUCGUAGUUAAGAUUGUGAACCCCAACAACAAAGACAUCAGGGAUAUUCCUGGACUGGCACCUCCAGCUCCUGCAAGGAGGCUUUUGUAUCUGAGGACAACCGAACAUUUCGAGUAAAUUCUUGUGUUUAGGAAGGUGUACUUUUGUGUUUAGGAAGGUGUAGGUCUUCCCGGUUAUCUAUUUCGAGGACAUUCUUGCUUAAAGAUGGCAUCGAGGCACGAAAUUGUGAGAAUUCGUCUGCUUUGCUUUACUUUGUAUGCAAUUCAAUCUAUUCUUGGCUGAGAUGUGCAUAUAGUUUGGUUGUGAUUUUGGUUUUUUUUUUUAAAAAAAAAAAGAUUCAAGAGAGACUACAGUAUUGUGAUCCUGUGUAAAUGUUUUACUUUGAGGCGAUUCAUGUCUUGCGGAAUUUACCCACUUAACAUUGUUCUGUACACUUAGACAAUGUGUCUUAUAGCAUAUCAAUUCCAUUCCCACUGCCGACUGCUUGAUAAUCA